AUGUCAGAAAAAGAGGAUAUUCAUGUCGAGGAAACAGCCAAGAAUAUGACAACGGGUGGUAACGCCGCUUUCCAUAACUACAUUAAUGAUUUUGCACAUAUUGAAGACCCAUUGGAAAGGCGUAGAUUGGCAUUACAAAAAAUCGAUGAAGCUUCCUUUGGUUGGUACCAUAUUCGUGCCAUCAUGGUAGCGGGUGUAGGAUUUCUAACAGAUUCCUAUGAUAUUUUUGCGAUUAACUUGGGUGUUAGCAUGAUGACUUAUGUGUAUUGGAAGGAUGGUAACAUUCCAUCGUCUAGUGAAACUCUUUUGAAGGUUUCGACAUCUGUCGGUACGGUUAUUGGUCAAUUCGGGUUUGGUAUAUUAGCUGAUGUUUUGGGACGUAAGAAGAUUUACGGUGUUGAGUUAAUUAUCAUGAUAGCUGCAUGUAUUAUGCAGUGUGUUAUCGGGGCUUCACCAGCGGUGAACUUUACUGCAAUUAUGACUUUUUUCCGUAUCAUCAUGGGUAUUGGUAUUGGUGGUGAUUAUCCAUUGUCUUCCAUUAUUACUUCGGAAUUUUCUACUACUAAGUGGAGAGGUGCGAUUAUGAGUGCUGUCUUUGCUAAUCAAGCAUUCGGCCAAGUGGCUGCAGGUAUAGUUGCAUUGAUUCUUGUAGAAGGUUACAAGGAUGAUUUGAAAGCCGCUAAAAGUGGUAGUACCUGUGGUCCAAGUUGUAAACGAGCAUGUGAUCAAAUGUGGAGAAUUUUGAUCGGUAUGGGAUGUGUUCCAGGUUGUAUCGCUCUUUACUUCCGUUUAACUAUCCCUGAAUCUCCUCGUUAUACCCUUGAUGUGGAAUUUGAUGCUGCUAGAGGUGUUGCAGAUGCCUCGAAAUUUGUGUCUGGUACUCAAGGUGAAGCUGCUCAAAAUGAUAUUGAACGUUUGCAGAGAAACCCUACUGCUGUUGUAGCUGCCGCUCAAGAGCACCCUUACGAAGGAAUUUCAGAUUCUUCCGAAGCACCUGUCAGAGUUGAUGUUCCCGUUGAGAACGCUCUACCAAAGGCAUCCUUUAAGGAUUUCUGCCACCAUUUUGGUCAAUGGAAAUAUGGUAAAAUUCUGUUCGGUACUGCCUUUUCUUGGUUCUGUUUGGAUGUUGCAGUUUACGGGUUGAAUUUAAACACAGCUGUCAUUUUAAAUGCUAUUGGUUAUUCUGGUAAGGGAUCUAUUUAUCAAAAGCUUCACGAUACUGCUGUUGGUAACUUGAUCUUAAUCUGCGGUGGUUCUUUACCUGGUUACUGGUUUACCGUUUUCACCGUUGAUAUUAUCGGUAGAAAGCCAAUUCAAUUAUUUGGAUUUUUCAUUUUAACUGUCAUUUUCUGUAUCAUUGGGUUUGAUUAUCAUAAUUUGAGUGGUAAAGAAUUAUUGGGUCUUUACAUCAUUUGCGAAUUCUUCCAAAACUUUGGUCCUAACACUACUACCUUUUUGAUUCCAGGUGAAAUUUUCCCAACGAGAUACAGAUCUACAGCCCAUGGUCUCUCUGCUGCUGCUGGUAAGGUUGGUGCCAUCAUUGCUCAAACUGCUCUAGGUACUUUGAUUAACCAUAAUUGUGCAAAGGAUAACAAACCAACGAACUGCUGGUUGAACCAUGUUAUGGAAAUUUUUGCUCUUUUCAUGUUACUUGGUCUCUUAGUGUCACUUUUGAUUCCAGAAACCAAGAGAAUGACUCUAGAAGAAGUCUCAGAGAAAUAUCAUGAUGAAAUUGAUCCUUCUAAGUACAGGAAUGUCCCUUCACAAAGCAGUACGAAUAGUGAUACUGCCUCUUCUACAAUGGAGCAAGUGUAA